AUGGGAAAACACAACAGAACGGUGCUGAGCGAAUUCAUCCUCCUGGGAAUCACAGACCGCCCUGAGCUGCAGGCUCCACUGUUUGGGCUGUUCCUGCUCAUCUACGUGGUCUCGGUGGUGGGCAACUUGGGCAUGGUCACCCUCACCAAGGUGGACGCCAGGCUCCAAACCCCCAUGUACUUCUUUCUCAGACACCUGUCUCUCACAGAUUUUGGUUAUUCCACAACGGUAGGACCCAAGAUGUUAGUAAGUUUUGUCGUGGAUGAAAAUAAAAUCUCCUAUUAUUUUUGUGCCACACAGCUGGCUUUCUUCAUCAUGUUCUUUAUCAGUGAACUUUUCAUUCUGUCGGCAAUGGCCUAUGACCGCUAUGUGGCCAUCUGUCACCCUCUGCUCUACACUGUCAUGAUGUCACCAAGGUUAUGUCGUGUACUAGUGGUGAUCCCUUAUAUCUAUAGUGUCAUUUUGUCUUCUCUGACCAUCCUAAAAAUUUUCACUGCAUUGUUCUGUGACUCGAACGUCAUUAGGCAUUUCUACUGCAGCAGUCUGUCCUUGAUAGCUUUGCUAUGCUCAGACACACAGGAAAUUCAACUGAUAAUUCUGAUGUUUUCUACUUUUAAUCUGGUGUCCUCUCUUCUGAUAGUCCUUGUGUCCUACAUUCUGAUCCUUGUCAUCAUCCUUAGGAUGAACUCUGCAGAAAGCAGGAACAAGGCUUUCUCCACCUGUGGCUCGCACCUGACAGUGAUAACUGUAUUCUAUGGGACUCUCUUCUUUAUGUAUGUGCAGCCCAAGUCCAGUGAGUCCUUUGAUACUGAUCAAGUGGCCUCUUUAUUUUAUACUCUGGUAAUACCCAUGCUGAAUCCUAUGAUCUACAGUUUAAGAAACAAAGAGGUGAAAAAUGCUGUAUGUAGAACUUGGAAUAUGUGUGCAAAUGUUCUGCUUAAAAUUCCCUGGAGGAUACACUAA